AUGUUUGCUAGAUCAUUCAGGUAUCUAGGCCGAGCUAGCUCCUUCCAUACACUUAGCAGGCCUAUACAAAGAUUCCAGAUUCGCUCUUACCAGUUUCAGUAAAUUCAAUGCAGACUUAACAAAACUAAUUACUUAAGCAAGCUUUCGUCAAGUUUAUUAAUGAAUUUAGCUUACUCACAAGAUUUUUAUCUAUUGAGCACAGAAGAUGUUGAAUCUUUACUAUCCAAGGUUGAAGAAGAGCAGGUGUAAACUUUAUUUAGACUAGGCUUGCGCUUGCUAAGCAUUAAAUAA